UCCUCCAAUUAUCGAUAUUAUAUAAAUUAUGUCACCCAAGAUUUUAUGUGUUAUUUAAUGGUUAAAUUAAUAAUUUCAUUAGUUUAAGGAUGUAAUUAGAAUAUUUGUAUAUGUAUAUGUUUUUUCUUUAUGAAAAGAAACACUGAGUAAGAAGAAGAUUUUUACAGGUAAAUAUUUAUUUGAUAGUGGCGGUAGAUUUUUAAAUUCCGUAAGUGUGGUUAAAAAUCAUAUUUUCAUAAUAAAUAUUUAAAAGUAGGAUAAAUUAUGUUAACGGUGUAUGUACAAGAGCUAAGAACUUUUAGAAAAUUGUCAUGUACUUUUAGAUAUAUAUUUUUAACCUUCAAAAGGGGGGUUUUUUUUCCAUCUUUAACAAAGUCAUUCAGUCGAAUUUCUUCGUUUUAGUUCUCUCUUUUUAUAUACCAUGUACGCCAUUUAUUUAUAAAACUAAAUCACUUUAUUAAUUAAUUAAAAAAUCAUUAGAAAAUUUAAAACACGGGGUAAGCGGGGUUUAAGGGUAGAAUAAGAAAUGGACUAGGGAAGAAAAACACUGUAAAUUAAUGGCCGAAAUGGGAGACGGUAAUAAGAAAGGGUUGGAUCUGCCAUCCGAUAAGCAUGCCAACUUGAAGACUGCUUCAAGUGAUGAAGAUCUCAACCACAUUCUUCUUCAUAUCAAGUCUUCUAAAUCUCCUACAGUUAUAAAUUACGGAGCCUCAUGGUAUGCACACAAUCUGUUUGGUGUAAAGUUUCUGUGACAAAAGAAUCUGUUUGUAGCCAGAUUCUUCCUGCGUUUUGCAAAUUGAGCAACCAGUUCCCCAAGCUCUCUUUCGUAUACGCAGAUAUUGAUGAAUGCCCAGAAACCAGGAAGCACAUUCGUUACACUUCGACAUUUCAUUUUUAUCGAGAUGGAGAAAGGGUGGACGAGAUGUUUGGUGCUGGAGAAGAGCGGCUUCAUGAUCGCUUGUGGUUACAUUCCUGAAGCAAUAUUUUCUGGAAACCAAUGCUCUCCUCCAGUCCAAGUCCCAUUUAUUUGGACGGAUAGGAUGUGAUUUUGUUCAAUUAUUUCUAUUUGUAUCAUACAUUUACAUAUUGGAAACUCAUGUGCAUGUUCAAAUUUAGAUAUCUAUGAUUAUAAUAAAUAUAUAAUAAAUAGAUUGUUUA